CUAGAGCCCGGAGGGGCUGGGUAUUGCGGAAGUUUUGCGGAAAAGUGUCGGGUGGCUGUGAGAGUGUAGUGUUGUUUGGGAACAAGUUCCGAAAGGGAGGCCGUCGCUCGGGGUCCCAGAGCCAGUGGCCUGCGCACAUUUGGGGCAACACCGGGCGCGACUCGACGUGGCCCCUGUUGGCCUCCUCUGCCCUCCUUCCUCCCCCGGGAACCGCCUCGGAUCUCCGCCAUGGCAUCCACCUCGACCAACCUCCAGAAGGCAAUAGAUCUUGCUAGCAAAGCAGCCCAGGAAGACAAAGCUGGGAACUAUGAGGAAGCCCUUCAGCUCUACCAACAUGCUGUGCAGUAUUUUCUCCACGUAGUUAAAUAUGAAGCACAGGGUGAUAAAGCCAAGCAGAGUAUCAGGGCAAAGUGUACAGAAUAUCUUGAUAGAGCAGAAAAACUAAAGGAGUACCUGAAAAAGAAAGAGAAAAAACCACAGAAGCCAGUGAAAGAGGGACAGCCGAGUCCAGCUGAUGAGAAGGGGAAUGACAGUGAUGGGGAAGGAGAAUCUGAUGAUCCUGAAAAAAAGAAACUACAGAAUCAACUUCAAGGUGCCAUUGUUAUAGAGCGACCAAAUGUGAAAUGGAACGAUGUUGCUGGUCUUGAAGGAGCCAAAGAAGCUCUUAAAGAGGCUGUGAUAUUGCCUAUUAAAUUUCCUCAUCUUUUUACAGGCAAGAGGACGCCUUGGAGGGGAAUCCUGUUAUUUGGGCCACCUGGAACAGGAAAGUCCUAUUUAGCCAAAGCUGUAGCAACAGAAGCAAACAACUCAACCUUUUUUUCAAUAUCUUCUUCUGACCUUGUUUCUAAGUGGCUAGGCGAAAGCGAAAAGCUAGUUAAGAAUUUAUUCCAACUUGCCAGAGAGAAUAAACCUUCCAUUAUCUUCAUUGAUGAAAUUGAUUCUCUGUGUGGUUCAAGAAGUGAAAAUGAAAGUGAAGCUGCACGUAGAAUUAAGACAGAGUUCCUAGUUCAAAUGCAAGGCGUUGGUGUGGACAAUGAUGGAAUUUUGGUUCUGGGAGCUACAAAUAUACCCUGGGUUCUGGAUUCUGCCAUUAGAAGAAGAUUUGAGAAACGAAUUUAUAUUCCUUUGCCUGAGGCCCAUGCUCGAGCAGCAAUGUUUAAACUGCACUUGGGGACCACUCAGAACAGUCUAACAGAAGCAGACUUCCGAGAAUUGGGGAUGAAAACCGAGGGUUAUUCAGGGGCAGACAUAAGUAUCAUUGUGCGCGAUGCACUUAUGCAGCCUGUUCGAAAAGUGCAGUCAGCUACUCAUUUUAAAAAGGUUCGAGGACCCUCACGAGCUGACCCUAGCAGCAUAGUAAAUGAUCUGCUGAUGCCCUGCUCUCCAGGCGACCCGGGUGCCAUUGAAAUGACGUGGAUGGAUGUCCCUGGGGAUAAACUUUUGGAGCCAGUUGUUUGCAUGUCGGAUAUGUUACGGUCACUGUCUAGCACAAAGCCCACAGUCAAUGAACAUGACUUGUUGAAAUUAAAGAAGUUUACAGAAGAUUUUGGCCAAGAAGGCUAAACCAAAGACAGCGAGGAAGACAUUUGCCACGUGUGUUGUUUCUUUCAUGGGUAUUUUUGCCUUUCUUGGCUGGCAUUCAGAUUAUUUCCAGUAAAACUCUUUUACCACAGGGAAACAUAGAUCCCACUCAGUGUUCCUUCAAGUUUUAUAUGUACUUUUGCUCCAUUACCAGUUAAAUGCUCCUAUUAACAAAAAUUAUAAAAUAAUGGGUUAUAAAGAAAUGAGUGGUAAGUGAAUGGCGAAAAAUAGAAAUUACUCAGUAAAAAAGGAUUAAAAUUGAGAGACAAAUAUUUAAAGUUGUUAUGAAUAGUAGUCUUUGCAAAGAGCAUUUAUCUUUUUUGUUUUACCAAAAUGAAAUAGGGCUUAUUUCAUAUUUUGGAAAAAUUCUUAGGCAUCAUUCUCAUCAAUGUAAAAUUUAUUUACUUUAUUAAAAAAAUUAAAAUAACAGGAUCUUCACUCUCAGGGAUGGGCAAUAGAACAGCAAAGAGCACUGUGAUUGAGCUUGAAAGGUUUUGAAUUAUGUUCUAGUCAAGGCUCUUAAUUGUGUAGAUUUAAGUGAUUUCUUUAAAAGCAGCAAGCUUUUGUAUUUAACUAAAUAAUACCUUUCACUGUGCAAUCUCAAGAGAAAGACUUCCUAAAUUAUGCAUUGUCUUUAUCUUGAAGAAGAAAAUUGUCUCUUUCGGUGUCUUUUUGUAGCAAGAUCGACCAAAACAGGUGGUAAAUAAACACGUACUUUUUAAAUAACUCUGUCGUGAAAUACUGUAAUGGGAACCUUCGUUAAAAGGACUGGCCUCCGUUUGGAUUAGGGGAAGUUUCUUGUGUGUGAUGAGGGGGGUGUACAUAUAUAUAUAUAUAUAAUUUUUUUUUAAUAUAGAAUAGCAAGGGUCUUGUCUUUUACCUUUUAAGUUCAGGGAACCGUUUGUCCUGACCACAUAUAUGUUAUCAGUGUAAUACUUCAUGAAGCUUUAGAAAGGAGCUGAUGUCUCAUUAAAUAAUAAAAUACAAACAUGCUGUGUUAUUUUAAUAUCUUCAAAUAAAUCAUCUGAGGGUAUGUGUUAUACACUUCAGCAUCAACACUAAGUUGUGCCUUGUACACUUGCAUUGGCUACACAUGCAAAGGAUUAUUAAGGUAGCUAGAAUGAGGUAGAUUCCUUAAUUACUGUAAAGUUCUACCUUGCACAUGCUAUAGAGUAACUUGCAUUUUAAAGUAUAUUUGCACAUUUUACAUAUUAUGCUAUAUGGUUGCCUUUGGGUUUUCUGUACAGAUUGUUUUUGUUGAUAUUAAAUGGAAAUCUAGGCCUGAAAUAUGCUGUUCUUGUGUGAAGUAAAUUGAUAUAACCUACUA